GGAGGCGUUACUGUUGCCUAGGAGAUCCCUCUAGACCAAUAGCUACGCGCCAAAUACCGGCGCGCCAGCGGAUUGGUGGAGAUUGUUACCAAGCAACGGCGAAGCGCAUGGCUCUCCGGCCUUUCUGCAGUGUGUGAGGAGCCCUGGUAAGCUGGUUACCGGCAGCGGAGGAGAGCCCCGGUCAGACAGGGGGGGAGAGGGCUGCCUUCUCGUGGAAAUACCGAGCCGGUGUGUGAGCUGCACUCCGCAACGGAAAUGGAUGGGAAGCCCCGCCCCGUGACUUGUAACCCGGUGACGUCAUGUGUUUGAAUGGUGCUGAGCUGGAAGAGGCUGGUGACAAGUGGGAGCCCGGGCGGUGAGUGCUGCUAACCGGGGCUCUGAUUAGGGCACUGACACUGGGGGGGCCGGGAGGAAACACCCCUCAGCUGGCGGAGAACUACAAUUCCCGUGAUGCUUUGCAGGCCUUGAGGUGUCAUGGGAGUUGUAGUUCUGCAACAGCUGGGGGUCUGCUUAUUGGUAACCUAGUUAUUAUUAUUAUUAUAAUAAUAUAUUUAAUUAUAUACAAUGUACAUUUUAUUUCAUUAGUUAUGACACACCGCAGAUUAUUAUUAUUAUUAUGAUAUUUAUAGAGCGCCGUCAAAUUCCGCAGCGCUUUACAAUGGGCGGACGAACAGACAUGUAGUUGUAGUUAUAUCCGUAAUGUCCUUUACUCAGCUCCAUUGGAUAGCUCUCUGUUUGAAGAUAUUGCUGUAUUUGUAGUAUUACUGUUUAAAGGAAAAACCAAAGCACCAUGCGGUGAACGUCUCACUCUCAGCCAACGAAUGCCUUCCUCGACCGUUCUCAUACGGUUUCAAUACUUUCCCCUGGAAGGUACCAGGGCCAACAUAACUUCUGCUGCGGGAUGUUCUAGUGUCAUUGAUAACCUUCAAUGCCACACAAAUAUUAAGAUAAUAAAGGUUUUUACUUCCCUUUUCCCAGCGCCGAUACUCUCUCAGUGCUGCUGUCUAAUCUAUCUCCUACAAUGAGAAGGUGCCGUAUCCUUGUCGCUGAUCCAGUGCUUCUUAGAGGAGAGCAUUGGGGACCUGAUGUGCAGAGCCUGCGUAUCCAAUAAAAUACUAUGUAUUUGAUUAUGUUAGGCGUCAAAUGUGGUUGUUACAGCAGAAGUGCCUCUAGUGGUUGUCAGUAUGUGAUUACUAUGGUUUUCGUUUGGUGGGUGAUGAAGUACUUUAUCAAAACUGUUUAUUGAAACUAUCAUUUGUCGGUAAAUAGCACCAUUGAAUAUCACUAUGUAACAUACUCGUUUUCCUGGCACUAUAGUGCACUGAGGGUGCCCCCACCCUCAGGGACCCCUUCCCGCCGGGCUCUGGGGAGAGGAAAGGCUUAAAAUCUUACCUUUCUCCACGCCGGGCGGGGAGCUCUCCUCCUCCUCCUCCUCUUCGGCUGAAUGCGCAUGCGCGGCAGGAGCUGUGCGCGCAUUCAGCCAGUCUCCUAGGAAAGCAUUCAUAAUGCUUUCCUAUGGACGCUUGCGUCUUCUCACUGUGAGAAGCACGCAAGCGCCUCUAGCGGCUGUCAAGAGACAGCCACUAGAGGCUGGAUUAACCUAUUUAUAAACAUAGCAGUUUCUCUGAAACUGCUAUGUGUGUGUGUGUGUGUGUGUAUAUAUAUAUAUAUAUAUAUAUAUAUAUAUAUAUAUAUAUAUAUAUAUAUAUAUAUAUAUAUAUAUAUAUAUAUAUAUAUAUAAAAAAGGGGGUUAACCCUAGCUGGACCAGGUACGCAGACCACUUCAUUAAAGCUGAAGUGGUCUGGGUGCCUAUAGUGGUCCUUUAACAGAACACAAACAUGUAUUCCUGACCCUAUAGUGUUUAACCCACCAUUAAAGUGGCUUUCCCAUGGGGAAAGCAUUGGAUUGGCUAAAAUCGGCAAGGGAGCGGGGCCAAACACCAUUUUGGACAAUCAGCACCUCCUCAUAGAGAUGCAUUGAAUCAGUGCAUCUCUAUGAGGAAAAUUCAGCAUCCCCAUGCAGAGCGGGGAGACGCUGAACAUCAGUGCUGCCUACUGUGCAGCACUGAGCCAGGAAGCACCUCCAGUGGUCAUGUGAGGAGUGGCCACUUGGGGGUGUCCCUAGGGGCAAUGUAAAGGCAGUGUUUGCAUAAAAAUGCCUAAAGGCAAUGAUUAUACUCACCAGAACAACUACAUUGAGCUGUAGUGUCCUUUUAACCUUCAUUUUUGUUUUUCAUGUGAUGCUUCCUUUUACAUUCAUAUUAAAGAUUUAGCCAAUUACAUCACAAUCCAGUUAUGUCUGGACACAGAAAAGGUAUGGAUUGAAAAUUCAAAUGAGAAUAAGAAUCAUUGUUUAAUUUAUCUUUUUUUUUUUUCUGCAUACUUUGUCUGCUGACUGCCAGGUGCACAGGACACAGCAUAUAGCGAUAACUUACAGGAGGCUAAACGAUGGAGGCACUCUGUUACAUGAUGAUUCUGAUGAUGACAUAGCUGUUUUGUUAUCUUCACUUCAUUUUUCACACCACACAAAUAAAUAUUUGUUGAAUUAUAGAGGAUAAAUAAACAUAAUAUUCAUAAUUCUGGCAAGUUACAGUUCUCUUUUAAGUAAUUCCGUUUAUUACUAAGAUGGCUACUUUCCAUCUUCAUUUUUUUUUUUUCUACUGGUGGAAAGCAUGUGGAAUGUUAGCCAUCCCGCAGGGCAGCAUUAUGUGUGGAAAAUUAGUUUUUACGGGUGUUGUAUAGGUCAGUUUUUUGUGUACACAGUAAUUAUACUCCUGCCAUACAGUACUUGGAUUCCAAACAGACAAAACUAAGCUGAAUCACUUAACAGAAGGUGAGCAGCCACCAACUGUAUCCUGGUAAGAGUUGGAGAUCACUGAUAAUUCUUUCACUAGCAGGAAGUAAAAUCAACGAGUAUUUGUAUGUGCCAGUGUUGUACAUUUCAUAUAUAUUACUGACUGGUUAAUAACACAUAUAUAUUCAAAACUAAAGGACAGCUCACAAAUAUAUAAAUAUAUUUAAAGUGACACUAUAGUCACCAGAACAACUACAGCUUAUUGAAUUUAUUCUGGUGAGUAGAAUCAUUACCGUCAGGAUUUUUGCUGUAAACACUGUCUUUUCAGAGAAAAUACAGUGUUUACAUUACAGCCUAGUGAUAACUCCACUGGCCACUCCUUACAUGGCUGUUAGAGAUCCUUCCUGGGUCAUGGUUGCCUAAAAUACAUCCAAACAUUCAGUAUCUCCUACCUCUGCAUACAGACACUGAACUUGGAGGUAUGAGGGGCCCAGGGGGGCUAGAUGGUGGGUUUAACACUAUAGGGUCAGGAAUACAUGUUUGUGUUCCUGACCCUAUAGUGAUCUUUAAUAAUCUGUUUAUCAAACAUUAAAAGGACAUGGAGAACUCAUCCCUACCUUUAGACCCUUCGGCCAUAUGCCUGCACCUUUGGAUAUAUAUAUAUAUAUAUAUAUAUCAGAAAUGACCGCACUCCAAGGACUUUAUAGAGAUUUUCAAAUAAAAUUUAACUUUUAUUCAAUCCAUUUAAAAAGUCAACGUUUCAGCUCCCUCAUGGAGCUUUCAUCAGGACAAAACAAAUAUAUAUAUUUCCUUUCAACACUUGAGGAAAUAAUUAUUAUAUAAACACUAUUUUUGAUGUGACAGUUGUCCUUUAAACUACUUUUAUAUUAGUAUUAUUUGCAAAAAUCAUAUUAGACUUUUUUUUUUUUUUAGUCAGGAAGUAAAUCUGUAUACAUUAGAUCUCUCAAUGUAGAAUAUAUUAUUAUUAUUAUUAUUAUUAUUAUUGCCAUUUAUAUAGUGCCAAUUGAUUCCGUAGCGCUUUACAAUAUUAUAAGAGAGGGGAAUUUAACUAUAAAUAGGACAAGAGGGCCCUGCUCAAACGAGCUUACAGUCUAUAGGAGGUGGGGUGUAAAACACAAUAGGACAGGAAUUUGCAAUUAAAUAAGGUGGGAGUGAGUCAGAGCUGGAGGAGAUAGUAGAGUGCUGCCCUUUAGGAGAGAGCAAGAGACAGGUAUGUAAGGUAGAGGUAUAUGACAAACUAAAUUGGAUAAUAUUUUCAAUUCUCCAAGGUUCACCAGAAUGCAAGUCCUAAAGUUCUGGUAUGAUUAUUUUGGUAUUUUUAGGUAGGAUUAGGUUGCCUAGUUUCUAGACGUGUGCAUUGCAAAAAUGUGUGAUACUUCUGAAUUGAAUUGCUUUGGAUUUCCAAAAAAUUUAGUUGAGAAAAUGUUGAUUUGAAAUGUAAUUUUAAAACCGAAAAUUGUCAGAGAAGCUCUACGAUGAAGGAAAAAAUUUGCAUAUUCUCCUAUAAAAACUCUCUUACCCUAAAUUAGUGAUUGAAUGUUGGUGUAAAGUUGCCACUUAGCACCAACAUUCAAUCACUAAUUCCGAAUUCCAUAUGUGCUGAAUCGGACAGGCUAUCACGCUACUCAGUUUAUUCUAAAUUUAGAUAAAUUAUGGUUGGAAUUUCAGAAAUUUGAAAAUGCACCAAUCCAGGCAAAUUUAAAUUCAGACCAAACUGAUCUCCAAGUCUAAUAGUUCCCAUUUAUUAGUUUAGUGUGUGAUAAAGCGUCAGGGUUCAGUUCAACAGCAAUUAAAACAUCUAUAUCAAAUAAGUCUAGAGUCUAGACCAUAAAUUGCAAGACAAUACAAAAUAUAAUUUUAACUAACUAACCAACCUAUAGUUGGGUUGUCAGUGCUGAAAAGGACACUGUAUGCCUCUAUUUUUAAUUAUGUAACUUAUUCUUGGUUGGCACAGAAGGCUCUGUGGCAUGAUGAUAAUGGCUUGCUGUCUUGAAAGGCAGUUGGUGGGUACAGAAUUCUCUGCUGCAUGAUGGUAAUGGCUUGUUAAUGGGUGUUGGUGAGCACAGGUGCCAUUAUGUAUAGCUAAGUAAUCCUUACAGUACAGUAUGGUUCGACUGGUUAUCGGUUUGGCCGAUAGUCUGCAUUUUGGCAAGUAUUGGUUUAAAUCCGUGGUUCUCAACCCAGUCCUCAAGUAGCCCCUUACAGUCAAGGAUUUAGGGAUCACCCAGUUGCGUCCAAGGUGUCUUUAAAAAUAAAAAAACACUUUAGACACAACAGGGUAAUUACCUCGCCAAAUCUUCGCGCAGCAUAAAGUCUCGUGGGACCUGGAAUGAGAACUUACUGGAAACAGAGUUCCAGACACUCCCUCCACAAUGUGAAAGCUCCUGGCAGCCUGCACAAAGCCACUGGACCACCAGGGAGUAUAAUGGUCCCCUUCCUGGCCACAGGUAAGAGGCAGGGAGGAGGGAAGAAUAUCGCUACCAGUUUUCAGCCCAUAGGACAAAAAUAAUCUGUAUCAGCCCUUAAAAAUUAAUAUCCGUCAAUCCCUAGUUUUCACUGUUGCCACAAAAGAUCAGUAUUUUGAUUGUUAGCCACACGGUGACACUGUAAUAUAGAAACAACCCAUCUGAAGCGAUUGUGCUGCAGAAAAAUAAAAUAGCUACUUGGAAUAAAACUUUUUUGUCUCAAAAACCUGCUAAACAACCUCUGUAGUCAGAAAACAUAUUGAAUGAACAGCAAAGGGAAAUUUUACUCCACUCCGUCACAUUGGUAUUGUCCAGUUUUUGACUUUCAUUCACAUAGAAGCACAAUUUGAAAACCAGGAAAUGCGUUUCUUUUGUUAUCUUAUGUAGGAAUGUGAAGGGAACCUGUUUUGAGCAGUGUUGGGAGGGACAGCCACACCUUUGCGUGAGUUUACAGUCAUCUAGUUUCAUUUAUUGAAUUGAGUGUAUAUAUUCCAUUUAUAGCCAUUAGUCAUGUCCUGUUUCUAUAUGCCACUGUGGAGUGUUGUCUAUUUUUAUGGAAAUUCAUUAAAAAAUGACUCCACACACCAUGACCACCUCAGUGAUGUGAAGUGAUCAUGGCGUUUGGAGUCUGUAAGUGCAGCGUUUUGCUAUGAAAUGCGACACAUAGGGAGUUUAACCCCUUUCCUGCCAGCAGUGUAAUGCCACCUCCAGCAGUGUCAUCCGCCAGCCCACAACUCAAGUUUUGCUGUAGAGAAUGUCAUUGGUUGAGAGUGGUCAGCUGACACUCUCAGCCAAAGAAUGCUGAAUAGCCACAGCUUCUGCAGCUCAGCAGAAGCCAGAAGUGUGUCAUCGGACAACAGAUCCUCGGAUUUCAGCAGGGACCCAUGUAAUGGGGCAAACCUUGGCUAAAUGGCUUGCUCCAUUAUUGGAGAACUGGCCAGGUUAGUUCUGGCAUCAUAGGCAUUACAGCAGGCUUUAGUUGGUUAUAAUGAUUAGAGUAUCUUAACAGGGAAAUGUGGAGAGAUGACAAGGUAAAUGACAAUUUAGACCAAUUGAGCAGUUUUGCAAUUCUCUUGUAAAUUACACACAUUACCCCAUUUGUUGAAUAAUCUUAAAUAUCCCUUUAUUGGACAUUUUUAAAUGUAAUUCUGCGCAUAAAUAUAGAAUCCAAUUAUAUCUCUUUAAUCCUCAUGUAACCACUGAAAUCAGCAUUUUUAUUUUUUAUGAACAUUUGUAGCAUGAUUCUGAAGAAGGAAUUUCACAAUGACUUUGUCACUUAGAUUUAAAAAAAAAAAAAAAAAAAAAUAGACCACACAAUGUCUAUUAAUCAGACAGCUUUCAACUUACUGUAUGUCAUUCUGAAACCCAAACAGUGAUUUUAAAAUAUGAGCACACAGUAGGGGCAUUUCUACAAUAUUACCUAUUCGAAGACCCCCACCCACCUCUUGAACCCCAAAUGAAUCAUUAUCAAUAUAUCCUCAGUCCAGAAAGUUACACAAUUGAGGUUUAUUCUCCCAUAAGACUAACCUGGUAACAUUUAUCCUUAACAGGUAAUGACAGGUCAGUCUUGAGGCUGGGCGAAAAAAUUCCCCUUUUGUCACGUUCUGAGAUGAGGAAUUAUUGGUGCUGCAAACAGUACUUAUUAUCGUGAUACAAUGAUAAGUUAAAGCAAUAGAGUAAAAGCACUUGAAUGCCACAUACAUCACUGCAAUACAUACAGAAUUGCCUUUGGAAACGCACAGCAUUGUGGGAGGUUUUAAAUGCAAUGUAAUGAAUAUAUUAGAAAAGGUGAUAAAUAAGUUUGUGAGAAUAGAAAUACAUAUACCAUGCUGCUUGAAUGAGCCGGUGUAUUUUAUUAUGCCUACAUGUCUAUUAUGCCUACAGUUGUUUCUGCUGUGAUCCAGUUUGUCACUUAGAGACACUGAUACAUACUUUGAGAGGUUUAUAUGUAAGAAUGGCAUUCUUUUGUAACAGAUCACACAUUUACCUGAGAAAACCAGCUACUAUCGAACACAGCUGUAACUGGCCAAAAUUACCAAAAAAAAACUAGAGUGGUUUUAUACUAUCUUGUCUUACAGUGGAUUGAUUGCAUCUAUGCUGUUUGACUGAACACCUGUUCUUAUUUAUUGCAGUUUUUAAUACACAGUGUGGCAGUUUAGAAUAAUAAAAUGCACAUGCAUACACUACGUAUUUUAUAUAAAAUGCACUAAAUAAUUCGUGUAUACAUGAAAAGCCAGACUUCAUCUACAUUUGGAUUUGUGUAAAACUUACAACUGUGGUGUUUACAAGUUAGUUGUGUUUUCAACCCUUCCAGGUUAAUUUAUAAAAAAUAAAUCUCUAGGUCACUUCUCUGCAGUAUGCAUUAAAAAAUACAUGGUUAGUCAGAUAAACACAUAACAAGGACCCAUAUAUUUAUUUAUUCAUUUAAUAGAAAGGAUAUUCUCAUUUAACAUUAGCUUUCAAAUAAACACAACAUACAUACAUAGCUGCAAUAUUUUGUCCUCUCUACAUUGGAUGUGCUGUCAUACAUGUGAGAGUCUCAGAGUAUGGCACUUGUUCGAUCACGUUAUGAGUACUUGCUAUAAAAUGCUGUGUGUCUGCAAUAAGAAUUUAUGCUUUUCUGCAGAUAGACAUGAAGGCUUUAAUCUUAGUGGGUGGCUAUGGCACCAGAUUACGCCCACUCACCCUCAGUGUGCCAAAGCCAUUGGUGGAUUUCUGCAACAAGCCCAUCCUACUGCACCAGGUGGAGGCUCUCGUGAAGGUAAGACUCUAUGGCUAUAUUGAUCUAUGGUUAAUUGUGACACUGCAUUCCUUAUAUGCCAUUUCAGUUGUGAAGUAACAACUCUUUCACAAGACACUGAAUAAAUCCUAUAGUGAUAAAAUAUAUGAAACACAUUAAGAAAAUGGCUGAAAAAAACAGUUUACAGGAACACUCCAAGAACCAUAACAACUACAGUGCUAUGUUGUGGUUUUGGUACCAGGAAUGUCCUGGCGUUCAGUCCUACCUGUUUUAAUAGUGGCCCAGUCCAAUUCAGGGUAGCCUAUUCCCACGGCAUUGGCAAAUGCUCUCAUGGGCUGAAUGGUCUGACCUCUGUUUGCACAUUGUAAACAUAUCUAAUUAUGCACUCACAUUGCACUUAUUGGGGGACACUAGAUAUUACACACAGGACUGUCCCAUUAAAUCUGGUAAUUGAAGCUACGCUCUAGCACUCGGGGCUCCUAUGUAUGCUAACCUAGAAGAUCCAUCUUUUAUAAUGUCCCUAAUUUACCUACACAAUGCACAAAGCUACAGAAAUUCAUUGUGGAACCUGAUUUAAAAGAAUGAUUUUAUUUCGAAUGUAACCCAUGCUUAUUUUUCCUCUUUGAUUUAGAGCAAAAAUACUUUGCUUAUACUUUACAAAAUACUUUAUUCGGAACAUAUAUAGAAUAGAUGUAUACAUUAUGUACAUUCAUUUGAUCCAAACUAUAAUAGUGAUUCUACUGAAUAUUUUUUUAGUUUGCAUACCAAUUAUUAUUUUUAUACGCACCUGCAUACAGAAGACUCAUUAUAACAAUUACAAAAGUUAAACACUAAAAUUAAACGAAUCCCUAGGGAAUAAACUCAAUAAACUGCCUGUAAUUGGCCCUUGGGACUCUAUUUAAUAAACCGCCUUGGAGUACCCCCUAGUGGUGCAUUCAAUAAACAGCCCAAGUUAUAAUGAUUCCUUGGGGUUAUAGAUAGGCCAUCUCUGCCUUCCCAUUUAUAGAGCACUUUGCAAGUCAUGUUCUCACAAAGCAAUGUUUUAAUAUCUUUGAAUACAUACUGAAAUAUUUCUGCUGGAGUACUAACCACCAACUAACUCAGAACAACUCACAUAUUAAAAGCCCAGAUCAAAUUUUCAGCUUGGCCUUUCAUCAUUCUAAGGCCAAUAAAUCUAUUCAGUUAAGUAAUAAUCUCUGUAUCCCAAGAAACAUUCUUAACUUACAUACUAAAAACCUGUCAAAUAGUGUGUGUGUGUGUGUGUGUGUGUGUGUGUAUAUAUGUAUGUAUGUGAGUGUGUGUGUGUAUAAUAUAUAUUUUAUUGUACAAUCAUUUUGUAUUAUUAUUUUUAAGCAGGCUACUUAAGAUAUAGUGAUCUAGAAGACCAUUUAAAAAAUAAUUUUUUUUUACUGCCAAGCAAUUUUAUCCUGCUGAUUCUACAAAUCUGUCUCAGAAUUUUAUAGAUUUGCUUUGUGGUGUACAGUUUCUCUUUCUCUGAUUCUUCAUUGUAAGUCUAAAUAUCAUUCAUAUUAUUGGGUAUUUUUAUAAAUAGAAUGUAUAUUAAAGGUAAUUAUAUAUCUUUGUCCUUCUGUAGCUUGAUUGCAUUUUGUCAUCUGAUCUUUUUUGUGUGCGUGUGUGCGCCUGGAUUAUUUAUAUCUUUUAUAUAUUCUAUAAAUAAUGUGUGCAUAGCAAAAAAAAAAGAAAAUUGGAAAACAAAUACCUGUGUGUUUUUUGUUUUUUUUUUGUGUGUAUUUCAGUCUGAUUUUGUCAAUCAGUUUACAUAACAAAUUCUAAUCAACGACUGUCUGUUAUGUUUCUUGGACAGGCUGGUGUUAAUCAUGUCAUCCUGGCAGUCAGCUACAUGUCUGACAUGUUGGAGAAGGAGAUGAAGGAGCAGGAGAAGAGGGUAAGUAAUGUCUGAAAAAGAUGAAUGCAUUUAUUUAUGUUUCAUGUUUGUCAUGUUUCACCUAUUGCUUCUCUAUUGCUAACUCUGCAGGUCUUUACACAUGAAUCUGUUGAGCCUUAAAGGGACACUAUAGUCACCAAAACAACUACAGCUCAAUGUAGUGUUUCUGGUGUCUAUAUUGAAAAGCCUGAAGGACAGGCUAUAGACACUACCUUUUCAUGUAGGCUGGCUAGUUACAUCUCUAGUAACAGUCACUUCCUGGUCAAUGCUGCAAUGAUGUUCAGCAUCUCCACGCUCUGCAUGGAGACACUGAAUGCUCCCUGUAGAAUUGCAUUAAGUUCAAUGCAUCUCUAUGAGGAGAUGCUGAUUGGCGCAGCAUGGAGUUUUGUCACACAUGCUCCGUAGCAUUCCCAUGCAUUCCUAUUAUCCAAUAAACAGGUAUUUUUUUUUAAAAAAAAAUUCAAAUUUGUGGCUAAAAUAAACAAAUUUGAAAAAUUCUAUGAUUUUAAUACAUUUCCAUCUUGGCAACUUUUAAAUAAACUUAAUGUAUGUGAGAAGAAACUAGUCUCACUCAAGGCACAAUUUUGUGAGCAAAUAAUUUUUUUUUCUGUUUAACCUAUGGAAUCAACAGCAAAGAAAGCUCCAGCACUAGUCCUAAAAUAAAUUUUUAGUAGCACUCACUAGUAGCCUUAAUAAACGCCAUUUUAUGUCAAUGUGAUUCUUUCUCAUUGCAUAUUGACAUGGAACCUGAUCCUGCAUUCUAUAAGUGAUCUGGCAGCAGAAAUGGGAAAUUCAUUGUGUUGUUUCUGUUUGUUUGUCCAUGAGAACAAAUAUUUUCUCCUGCUAGGAAUAGAUAACUGUUUAUGAUGAAAUGACCGAAAAUUCAUAUAUCUUUAUGUGGACCUGUUAUUGGUAAAUGGUAAAAUAAAACAGAUACAUGGUACCAGCAAAGAGAGAACAUGUUUAAAUUAACUCCAGAUUGUACAAACGUUCUCAUACUUUCCUAAUACAUAUGGCUCAAUUCCUAAAUGCUAAAGCAUUAUGGGACCCCCCAGACACAUCCACAACCAUUGAAACAGCAUAGCCGAAUAAAUGUAAUCUCCCCAAAUUGAAUGGUUAUGCUCUUUAAAGGGAAAUUAUUUUAUGGCAAGUGCACUCUUUAAAAUAUAUUGGCAUUUUUAUAUAACACUUCAAAAAAAAUUUUUGGGGCAGUUUUGUAACUGUCACUGUUUUGAAAAAAAUAUUACACAAUUCCUUGACAGCCAAAUCCACGCUGGCAGACUGUCAGAUCUUUCAGUAGUAAUUACAGGUCUCCUUACAAUAGCUUGGAUAGAUGGGGAUACUGCUGACUGUAAAGGAUAUUGAUCGAAGCAAACUAACUUCCGCUAUUAUUUGAUCACAGCUGGGAAUCCGCAUCUCCAUGUCGCAUGAAAAGGAGCCUCUAGGAACAGGUGAGUAGAUUAUUUUAUUUUUUCUGCUUUCUUUUCAUGUGGUAUAUCCCUAAACACAUUUGCAUUUAUUUGCUAAGCUGGGAGCCUAUAGAGAAUUGUCAACAGAAUUGCACAGAAGUCAUAUUCAGCCUUUUAUGACGGUUUGUUUGUCAAAUUCCCUUGUCUCUCUUCAGUACAGUUCCUGGAUUAGCAAAAAAUAAAUAUAUCAUUUUAAAAAAUAAAUAACAUUUAAAAAAAUAAAUAAAACAGAGUUGGCAACACCUGAUGCUCAAUACAAAAACCACAAACCAUAUGUAAAUGAUAAACAUGUUGAAAUUGAUUGCAGAGGUGCAUAAAUAUGGUGAUUGCUUUGGCUAUUUAAUGUUCACACCUUGCAGGACAGUGUAUAUUUUAAACUAGCAUCACACCACAAAGAAGUGUGUUCUUGUCAUUCAAAGAUGCAAUAAUACUGCAAUAGAGAUAUAGCUUUUAAUGGCCCCUUUCUGUCUUGAGCUGUCUUCUUCUUGAACAUCUUGAUUUCGUAUUCAGUUCUAUGUGAACCUUUGCAUUUUGAACACAGCUGGUCCACUAGCCUUAGCUCGAGACCUACUGACUGAAAACAUGGAGCCUUUCUUCGUGCUCAACAGCGAUGUGAUCUGCGACUUUCCAUUUGAGGACAUGGUCCGCUUUCACAAGCAUCAUGGAAAGGAAGGCACCAUUGUGGUGGGUAUAUGCACUAAGUGACAGUAGCAGCUUAAGUAGGGUUAUUCACUAAAGGUUGUUGAGAAUUCAAAGUAAAUUUCACAUUUUAGGCUAAAAAAAAGUUCUCCAAGUCAGAUAUAUUUUUAGUUCAACUGCUUUGGCCUCAAUUGAAAUUCACUUCAACUUCCUAAGUAUUCGCAGUUUACCGAAUAGUCAUGAUAAAUUAUAUUCUCCCGGUAGAAUUUGACAAUCUUGCAGGACACAGUAUAAAUUUUGUUUCAAGUGAACAAAGAAGCUGAUGUCUCUUUAUCUUUCCUGCAGGUAACGAAGGUGGAGGAACCAUCCAAGUAUGGGGUUGUUGUAUAUGAAGCAGAGACUGGACAGAUUCAGCGCUUUGUGGAGAAACCUCAGGUCUUUGUGUCCAACAAGAUCAACUCAGGACUAUACAUGUUCUGUCCCUCUAUACUGGAUCGUAUACAGGUAUUUUUCUCUAGACCAGUGGUUAACUUUAUUUAUUUAUUUUCUCUGAAUUUAAAUGAGGUACAUGGUAUUUAGCUUAAAGGACCCUAUAGUAUCCACAACAACUUAAUGUAGUUGUUCUGGUGACUAUAGUGUAUAGAGUCAGGAAUACAUGUUUGUGUUCCUGACCCUGUAGUAUUCCUUUAAUAAACUAUUACUCUCUUCAAGUGUGAAUAAUAAAAAAAUUUGAGAAUGAUUUCUUGAUUAGAAUUGAGAUAGAUAUAUAUAUAUAUAUAUAUAUAUAUAUAUAUAUAUAUAUAUAUAUAUAUAUAUAUAUAUAUAUAUAUAUAUAUAUAUCUAUGUAUAUACAUACAUACACACCCUUUAUUAUUUUUAUUUUUUUUAUUUUGUAAUUUUUUUUUUAAAGAUAUUUUUCUUCUGAUACCUGGAAUAUAUAUGCAUAGCACUUUAUUACAUAUCAACAAAAUAUAUUAAAAAGGAAAAUAUGAAAAAUAGUUUAUUUUUGUCAUAAGUUAUUGAACGUACACCCCCUAGUAUAUUACACUAAGAGCUAAAUGAUACUUUUCAUUUAACCAUUUUGUCACACAUUUUCAUAGGGAAAUUCCCAGACCUUGUGUAUCCCGCAGCUGCAAAGACCCUAGCCCCCACCUUCACUUCACUUUACAACCAUCGUGGCUUACCUUUUGUAAGAGAAGGCCACAUGGGCUAUUUAAAUAGGGCAUUUUUUAGUGUUUCACUUGGCCAUAUUAUCACCAGUUCCUGUUGAACUUAGCUGUAAUUUUUCCCACAAUUGCAUGUGUUCUGAUAUUAACAACUGGCUGCUAAGAUUGCUUGCGCAGAGGAACGUCAACAUCAUUAUUAAAAGAAAUAAAAGAAAUCCUCCAUUACUGUGGCUCUAAAGAAAGUGUAAAAAACCACUGUUCAAGACCUUACCAUAACCAAAAUAAUCAGAUUGAUAUCUAAAAAAAACUCUAUAAAAGUGAAUAUCAAAAUACAUCAAAACAUUUACAGGGUUGUUAAAUAAAAUGAGAAUUGUCGGGAAUUCAAAGUGAAAAAUUGUAAGUCAGAGUAGCUGAGCAGGAAAUAUACCAUAUCUAGCAUGGAGAAUGUUCUGCUAUUUAAGUCUAAAAUAUGAAAUUUGCUUUAAAUUCCGAGUAAUUCACACUCUGUUUAAGGGAUUAAUAGUACCAGAGUACUAAGAGUACAAUAAUAGUACAAUAAUACACCUUCUGAAAUAUACUUCUGGCUUCUGUCUUCAAGUUUCCUUCUAUGCCAGGAAAACACACGCUCGCGGUCUGAGGAGUAUCUCUUAUAAGCCUUACAAGUAUUGGGCAAACUUCCAAAGAACAUGCUAAACAUCAAACCCCACUACAGCUUACUGUAGGGGUUAUAGUGCAAGAGGAUAUGGGUAUAGCUCUAAAGCCCAAAAUUCCAGCCAUUAUGCUGCCAAAGAGAUAAUGGGAUUUCACUUUUUGCAUUAUCCAUGCAAAUCUGUCCAAGUUUGGUCAUUAAUGAUGGGCUAUAAAUUCUGGACUAAACCUCCCUAUCACAUAACAAGGACUGCACUCAGACUCAUUGCUCUGCAACCACUACACUGAACCGAUAUGGUUAUGGUGCUUACGGUGUCUCUUUAAACACAUUCUUACAUUUUAGUGGUUUUCAAUUAAUUUGUAUUGUUCAUUCUGACCCUAUUAACACAUUAAGUAAGAUAUCACUGCCCAUCAGAAAUGGUUGGGUAUUAACGGACGUAACACUACAGAAACCAUUCUUGAUUCACAAGUUCCCUGGUUUAACUUAUUACCUGGAUUCCACUAGCUACCUCUCCCCACCUCCACUACAGCCGACAGCAAGCAUGAUGUUUUUGUUUUGUUUUUUAAAUCUUCUAUUCGCUCUACUGAGGGGUUAGGUGUCCUACAGCUUUAGCCAGUUGCAGUCAUAUGAUAGAUGUUUUUCCUUUUCCAAAGAUGGACAUGACAAUAUAAUGUUAGCUAAUGUAACUGACAAACCCCAGCAGAGCCACUGUUUCCAUCAAUAUCCAUCCUGUUUUUACUCUGGUACAUUUUAAAAAAUAGAUUGAGUUGUUGGACCAGUGAUGGGUAACUGUAGCACUACAGAUGUCUGUGGACAUACAUUUGGGCUGGCUGAGCAUCAUGAGAAAUGCAGUUUACAAAUAAAAUACAAAUCUGCUGUGCAAAGGUCAGCCAUUAUUAAAUUACACAAGCUCAUGAACUAUUCAUAUUGAAUAAAUAUUAAAAAAUAGCUUUGUCUGUCUUCAUUCUAGCUACGCCCAACCUCUAUAGAAAAGGAGAUUUUCCCAGCCAUGGCUCAGGAGGGGCAGUUAUUUGCUAUGGAAUUGCAAGGUGAGAAUGAUUGAACAAACUUGGGACAGCAACAUAUCGUAGAUAAACACAUGAAAUUUAUUACAUUAGAUCUUCUGGCUAACCAGGGAGCAAUACCAAAUCUAAAGAGAAUAUCCCACCCAUCAUGGCUUGACUCUUAGUCUGACCCUUUAAGCGUUUCCACCUGUUACAUAGGGGGAAAUAGUGGAGAAUUGUUUUGGCAAAUGCCUGGUCAGUUCUCCAACAUUACCAGGUUAAAAGAAUAAUCUUGGUUUUCCAACUUUUUGAGAUGCAUGCCAUCACGUCUGUAUGGAUUAUUUUUGCUUUUUUUUUUUUUUUUAGAUUUUUUUUUUAUAUAUAGAAUAGCUUCUUGGGGUUUAUGUUUUUGCCUUGAAAGGAGUAUCUGCUCUGUGCAUUUAAUACAAAUUGCCGAAAUCUUUCCUAAGCUCCAAAAACUUACUGGCCAUGCAGCUAAUGAAGACCCAUCCCAGUUUUAUCCUAUCACUUGCUUCCUUGUUUGUUUGGAAAAUGCCAGCAGUAACAAUUCUAAAAGAACUGUUGAGGACAAAUAUCUAUUCCAUAUUAUCUAUAAAGCUUUAGAGCUGUAUUAGUUAAUCGUACAGUUUUUAAGGAACACUAUAGUGACAGCAAUAAAAACAUGUAUUCAUGUCACUAUAGUGUUACACAGUUGAGGCAGACAGCCCCCCAUGGAACACUUUAAAAAGGUAAUAAACAUACCUUUUAUGGCAGAUCUGUCACAGAUAGCUCUGCCUCUAUAGGAAAACAUUGAAAGGCUCUUGCGCAUGCGCAGCAAACCACCACGGUGUGCCAAAAGGCAUCUCUUCAUAGAGAUGCCCUGGAUCAAUGCAUGUCUAUGAGGAACGUUCAGCAUCUCCAUGCAAUGCGUGUCAACGCUGAACUGACCCAGGAAGCACCUCUAGUGGCAGUCUGAGUGACUGCUACUAGAGGUGUUCCUAGGCCGUAAUGUAAACACUGCUUUGCCCUGAAAAGGCAGUGUUUACAUUAAAAAAAAAAAAACCCUGAAGGGACUGAUUAUACUGACCAUAACAAUUAAAGGAUCACUAUAGAGUCAGGAACACAAACAUUUAUUCCUAACCCUAUAGUGUUAACACCACCAUCUAGCCCCCCUGGGACCCUCAUGCCUCCAUAAAUAUAGCAAAAUCUUACUGUAUUCAAGCCAGAAGCUGUACCUCUGCAUGCUGUUUGUCUCAGAAAAACUAGCUGUUUGCUGACAUCAUCAGAAGUGGUAGCCUGAUCCAAUCAGAGUGCUUCCCCAUAGGAUUGGCUGAGACUGACAAGGAGGCAGAUCAGGGGCAGAGCCAGCAUGAUUCAAACACAGCCCUGGCCAAUCAGCAUCUCCUCAUAGAGAUGAAUUGAAUCAAUAAAUCUCUAUGAGGAAAGUUCAGUGUCUGCAUGCAGAGGGAGAAGAUACUGAAUGUUUGGAUGCAUUUUAGGCAGCCAUGACCCAGGAAGGAUCUCUAACAGCCAUGUGAGGAGUGGCCAGUGAGGUUAUCACUAGGCUGUAAUGUAAACACUGUAUUUUCUCUGAAAAGACAGUGUUUACAGCAAAAAUCCUGAAGGUAACGAUUCCACACACCAGAACAAAUUCAAUAAGCUGUAGUUGUUCUGGUGACUAUAGUGUCACUUUAAAUAUUUUUAUAUUUGUGAGCUGUCCUUUAGUUUUGAAUAUAUAUGUGUUAUUAACCAGUCAGUAAUAUAUAUGAAAUGUACAACACUGGCACAUACAAAUACUCGUUGAUUUUACUUCCUGCUAGUGAAAGAAUUCUCAGUGAUCUCCAACACUUACCAGGAUACAGUUGGUGGCUGCUCACCUUCUGUUAAGUGAUUCAGCUUAGUUUUGUCUGUUUGGAAUCCAAGCACUGUAUGGCAGGAGUAUAAUUACUGUGUACACAAAACUGACCUAUACAACACCCGUAAAAACUAAUUUUCCACACAUAAUGCUGCCCUGCUGGAUGGCUAACAUUCCACAUGCUUUCCACCAGUAGAAAAAAAAAAAAUGAAGAUGGAAAGUAGCCAUCUUAGUAAUAAACGGAAUUACUUAAAAGAGAACUGUAACUUGCCAGAAUUAUGAAUAUUAUGUUUAUUUAUCCUCUAUAAUUCAACAAAUAUUUAUUUGUGUGGUGUGAAAAAUGAAGUGAAGAUAACAAAACAGCUAUGUCAUCAUCAGAAUCAUCAUGUAACAGAGUGCCUCCAUCGUUUAGCCUCCUGUAAGUUAUCGCUAUAUGCUGUGUCCUGUGCACCUGGCAGUCAGCAGACAAAGUAUGCAGAAAAAAAAAAAAGAUAAAUUAAACAAUGAUUCUUAUUCUCAUUUGAAUUUUCAAUCCAUGCCUUGCCUGUGUCCAGACAUAACUGGAUUGUGAUGUAAUUGGCUAAAUCUUUAAUAUGAAUGUAAAAGGAAGCAUCACAUGAAAAACAAAAAUGAAGGUUAAGAGGACACUACAGCUCAAUGUAGUUGUUCUGGUGAGUAUAAUCAUUGCCUACAGCAAAAAGCCUCACCAGAACAAAUUCAAUAAGCUAUAGUUGUCCUGGUGACUAUAGUGUCCCGUUAGAUAUUUUUGUGUGUCCAUUAAAAUGGUGACUUGCUACAUAAAGCUGUUGUAAACGUAUUCUUAUCAGACAGCCACUCACUGGAUAAAGCUGGAGUUUUAUUCCACAUAAGCUGUUUAGCAAGUGGUUAUCUGACAAUGUCUUUACCUCAGAUGUAUAUGUUAACUCCCAGCCAGAAUCUAACCGCGCAUGAUAGGAACUUGCAAGCUUCUUGCCAUCAAAUUGAUGGCAUAUAAAUUCCCAACAAAGUGGCUUGUAUAGUUUUCUGGUUUUUUUUUUUUCUUCCUCUGGAAAAAAAAUAGUUUCUGGAGUUUUUUAAUUUUUAUUUAUUUUUGCCUGACAUUGUGGCAACAAUGCAUUAGUCUCUAUUCUGCAUUGACAACUACCUCUUGAAGAUGUCUGGCUACAAGGAAGUUUGGCAACUUAAAAAUUGCCUCUUUUGGUCUGCACUUCAUCCAGAAAGAUUAUUAAGUUGCCAGUGAAUGGGAAGAAAAUCCUUGCAUUCUCCCACUACUGCAUAGAUCUAAAUGUGCUGCUAGUAUUAGCAAUGAGCUACUGCUGGCUGUGCGACAGGCACAGGGAUAAACUGUGCUGCCUGGCCAGAAAGUGAAUGCAUCAUCUGCCUGAUUGACAGUGCAUGGAGGCUGCUCUACACAUAGAAUAACUUUUUUUUUGUGUGUUAUCCCUAGAACUACCAGGACAGAGUUUUAACACUAUUACCGCUAUACUAAGAUGAAGUGGUUGUGGUGCUUAGUGACACUUUAGAGAUCACCACUACAGCAUAAUGUAGUUCUGGUGAGUAUAACAUGUGCCUGCAGGCUUUUCAAUGUAAACAUUGCCUUUUCAGAGAAAAGGCAGUGUUCACAUUGCUGGCUAGUUACACCUCUAAUGGCAGACACUCAGAUGGUCACUAGAGGUGCUAUCUAAUAGAGUGCUGCAAAGUGUGCAGAACAUACGUUCAGCAUGGUUCAAUGCAUCUUUAGGAGGAGAUGCUGACUGACAUCAACAAUCCUCUCAGCGCUUUCCAAUUGGAAAGCAUUGGAUUGGAGGAGAUUAUCUAAACCAUGGAGGUUGGGCCAUCCUGGCACAGCAUGGGGAAAAUUUGAGAAACAAAUUUCACAUGCAAUCGGGGUAGGGAGAAGUUGUCUAAACACAGAAUCAAGGAUGGCUUUUUAAUUUAAGUCCACCCAGUCUCCCUACCUUUGGGAGAGCUUGAGUGGAUCCUUUCCCUGGGGUCAUCUACUUGCUCUGCUCGUAGCGUGGCCAUUUAGUGAGCCAAAGUUAGAAUGAGGUCAUAUUCCUGCUCCCGGCAUCACUACUUAGCACGUGAGAGAGCAAGAAGAUCGUCACCCGGCUCUGAUGUGCAUUGCCAUCUGCCUCUAUUGCUCACAGCCGCCUGACAAACACCCAGUCACUAGGGCAAAAUUCCUAGUUGCCAUGGCGACCUGGGAUUUUUCUGAGCCAUGAUGUAAAUGUCCUAACUAACCAGCCUUUACAGGAUUAAGCUAUUUGAUAAGUCAGAGCAUAGUUAAGAGUUUAAAUAAAAUGGUUAUAAUACACCACACACAGAAAGAUCUGCAGGAUCAAGUUCAGACUGCACUAAAGCACUAGAACGUGUGAUCAUGGUAUUUGUAGUACAUUCAGCAUGUGAAUGAUUUACAGUGUGUCCAACAGUUGAAUUUGUUUUAUGCUUCAAGGAUUUUGGAUGGACAUAGGACAGCCUAAGGAUUUCCUGACCGGCAUGUGCAUGUACCUGCAGUCUGUGAGACACAAACAUCCAGAAUGUCUCCAUUCUGGACCAGGCUUUGUUGGGAACGUUCUUGUGGUGAGUGAUUUGUUUAAGAACCUACUUAGCUUUCAUUGGAAUUAUAUUAUAAUGUAGUGUUUACAUAACUCUUCCUAAUCGAUUGCAUGCCACCCUCAAUUAUGGAUACGGUUUAAAGGGAUUUCCCCUCAGUCCCUAACAAAUUUUUUUUAUUGAUUCCUUAAUUCCAAAAUUUGUUGAAGCAUAGUUUGUGUUUUAUCCUUUUCACUUACAAAAAAAAAGAUGAGACAGUUUGAGUUGUUUAAUCAUUUCUCCAUCUGAAAGGGCGUAAUGAUGCCUAGGAGGAUCAGUUAACAUAUGGUAUUGUCCUAACCGAAUGGCCCAAGUGUUAUAACUUUUUUCCGAUUUUUCUUCCUAGGACCCCACAGCAAAAAUUGGCAAUAACUGCAGCAUAGGACCAAAUGUUACUAUUGGUCCUGACGUAACAGUGGAGGAUGGUGUACGUAUAAAGCGGUGUACAAUUAUGAAAGGCUCCAGACUUCACUCUCACUCUUGGCUGGAGUCUUCCAUUGUUGGCUGGAGCUCUUCAGUUGGACAGUGGGUGAGUUCAUUCAGUUGGAACUGUAAUGUGGAUGUAAUUUAAAUUUGUAUGGUUUUGGGGACCCAUAUUCUCUUUAAGAUAGAAAUAAUAAAAAGAUAACUUAGAAUUCUAAAAUGUUGAGGCAAGACACCUUUUGGGUUUGGCCAGCAAUAUUCAGAUUUUUCCUGUUUGUGUUGCAGGUUCGCAUGGAGAAUGUGACUGUGCUGGGAGAAGAUGUAAUAGUCAAUGAUGAGCUUUAUCUAAAUGGAGCUAAUGUGUUGCCACACAAAUGCAUCUCUGAGUCUGUGCCGGAACCAAGGAUUAUCAUGUAGAUUUGUACAUUGGCUACCGAGAGCACUUACACUGGGACCUGUGAACACCAUUCUGUGCUGCAAACAAGAACAUUGAUUUUUUUAUUUUUUUUUACCUCCACGGCAGGAGGUAUUUCCCUAGGCUAAGACAUCUAUGAGCAACAUUAACUGUGCUUGCAAGAGUAGUCACAGGGAAUUUACCACCUCUGUUGCCAAACAGGUCACUUUCUAACUGCCAUGUGAGGGUACACCCUUGUUAAAAAAAAAAAAAAAAAAAAAGAGCUGUGCCUUUUAUUGAGGGUGAAGAGGGAUAUGUUGGAGCCCUGUACUUCUUCCCUAUUACAGUCAUUUUAAUAUGCAAGAGUACAUUGGAAGAUGUUGUAUAACUCUUUUAGAGGAAGGACGGAAGGAUAAGUGUCCUUGCUUCUCUUGAUCGGCUUUAACCCUGCUCUGGCACAAAGGCUUGUUGUGCACAUCUAACUAAACUAUGAUGUUAGCCCUUUAAUUGCUGUAAUAAUACAGCUCCUUUAGAUUCGUAGAUUUCUUGCUAAGCAUCAAGGGAGUUGUAGUAAAACAGCUGGGGUCACCGUUUAGUUCUCAAGGAUUAAUAGUAAAAUACAAGGUGCAGUCUAUGAAACACCCUAGAAUUUAGGGUGGCAGUAAGGAAGCUAGCUGACUUUAUCAGACAGAUUUGCCUGGCUGUAAUAGUCUAUUUUAUGUUUUACAAUGGACAUUUUCUUAUAAAUUAAUGAGAUUAUUCAACUCUGUGUGUAUUGCUCAUUUCCUGAC